AUGAAAGCUAAUUAUCAGUUCUUGUUGUUUUCAGCCAAGUUAGCCGAUGAAGAAGGAGAGUCAGGAAUAUCACCGCAGAAGAUGGACUCUGAAUCUAUAAACCUGAGCGAGUUCCAAGAGAAAGGCCCAUUAGUUAUGCAAGCGAGAAUGAAAGGCAAAAUAAAACAUGCACUCGACGACGACAAGUCGUUUAGUUUGAAAGAGAUUCAAUUUCAUCCGCAAUACAACGAGAUCUGCAUUAUUGGAUCUGAUAUCGAACAACUUGAGGGUAUGUCACAGAUGUCUGUGCUCUCAGGAGAGAAGUCUGCAGAGGCUACAAAGAUCCCAAAGGUACAUUUGUUCGUUUAA